AGUGAGCUGGUGAUUGCCUCAGCAGGCGUGGUGUGCUUCAGUGUCUUGAGAGGCUUGAGUAUCCCGGUAGGAAGGGUGAAAGGUUGUAACUACUCCUUUGAGGGUGAUCACCGAGGUCGUGGGUUUGCACUGUCGGCUGGGCAGCGCCAUGGCGGAAAGAAAAGGAACAGCCAAAGUGGACUUCUUGAAGAAGAUUGAGAAAGAAAUCCAACAGAAAUGGGACUCCGAGAAAGUAUUUGAGGUCAAUGCAUCUAAUUCAGAGAAGCAGACUAGCAAGGGCAAGUACUUUGUCACCUUCCCAUAUCCAUACAUGAACGGGCGCCUUCAUUUGGGACACACAUUUUCUUUAUCCAAAUGUGAGUUUGCAGUUGGGUACCAGAGAUUGAAAGGAAACAUUUGUCUGUUCCCCUUUGGUUUACACUGUACUGGAAUGCCUAUUAAGGCCUGUGCUGAUAAGUUGAAAAGAGAAAUAGAGCUCUAUGGUUGCCCCCCUGAUUUUCCAGAUGAAGAAGAGGAAGAGGAAGAAGUCAAUGCUAAAACAGAAGAUGCAAUAAUUAAGGAUAAAGCUAAAGGAAAAAAGAGUAAAGCUGCUGCUAAAGCUGGAUCUUCUAAAUACCAGUGGAGCAUUAUGAAAUCUCUCGGUCUGGCUGAUGAAGAAAUAGCCAAAUUUUCUGAAGCAGAACAUUGGCUUGAUUAUUUCCCACCACUGGCUAUUCAAGAUCUGAAGAGAAUGGGUUUGAAGGUAGACUGGCGUCGUUCCUUCAUCACCACUGAUGUUAAUCCUUACUAUGAUUCGUUUGUCAGGUGGCAGUUUUUAACAUUAAGAGAAAGAAACAGAAUUAAAUUUGGAAAACGGUAUACCAUUUAUUCUCCAAAAGAUGGACAGCCUUGUAUGGAUCAUGACAGACAAACUGGAGAGGGUGUUGGACCUCAGGAAUAUACUUUAAUCAAGUUGAAAGUGCUUGAGCCAUACCCAUCCAAAUUAAGUGGCCUGAAAGGGAAAAAUAUCUUUUUGGUAGCUGCUACUCUCAGACCUGAGACCAUGUUUGGACAGACAAACUGUUGGGUUCGCCCUGAUAUGAAGUACAUUGGGUUUGAGACAAAGAAUGGUGAUAUAUUCAUUUGCACGCAAAGAGCUGCCAGGAAUAUGUCAUUCCAGGGCUUUACCAAAGACAGUGGCGUGGUGCCUGUAGUUAAGGAAUUAAUGGGAGAGGAAAUUCUUGGAGCAUCACUUUCUGCACCUUUAACAUCUUACAAGGUGAUCUAUGUUCUCCCAAUGCUCACCAUUAAGGAGGAUAAAGGCACUGGUGUGGUCACAAGUGUUCCUUCUGACUCCCCCGAUGAUUUUGCUGCCCUCAGAGACUUGAAGAAAAAGCAGGCUUUACGAGCAAAGUAUGGAAUUAGAGAUGACAUGGUCUUGCCAUUUGAGCCAGUGCCAGUCAUUGAAAUCCCAGGUUUUGGAAAUCUUUCUGCUGUAACCAUUUGUGAUGAGUUGAAAGUUCAGAGCCAGAAUGACCGAGAAAAACUUGUAGAAGCAAAGGAGAAAUUAUAUCAAAAAGGGUUUUAUGAGGGUGUAAUGUUGGUGGAUGGAUUUAAAGGACAGAAGGUCCAAGAUGUAAAGAAGACUAUUCAGAAAAAGAUGAUUGACAUUGGAGAUGCAUUUAUUUACAUGGAACCAGAGAAACAAGUUAUGUCCAGGUCUUCAGAUGAAUGCGUCGUGGCCCUGUGUGACCAGUGGUACUUGGAUUAUGGAGAAGAGAACUGGAAAAAGCAGACAUCCCAGUGCUUGAAGAACCUGGAAACAUUCGGCGAGGAGACCAGGAGGAAUUUUGAAGCUACCUUAGACUGGCUACAAGAGCAUGCUUGCUCAAGAACUUAUGGUUUAGGUACCCGUCUGCCUUGGGAUGAGCAGUGGCUGAUUGAAUCACUCUCGGAUUCCACUAUUUACAUGGCAUUUUACACAGUGGCACACCUGUUGCAGGGGGGUGACUUGCGUGGACAGGCAGCGUCUCCACUGGGCAUCAGACCACAGCAGAUGACCAAGGAAGUUUGGGAUUAUAUUUUCUUCAAGGAAGCUCCCUUUCCUAAGACUCAGAUUCCAAAGGAAAAAUUAGAUCAGCUAAAGCAUGAGUUUGAGUUCUGGUAUCCUGUGGAUCUUAGAGUCUCUGGCAAGGACCUUAUUCCAAAUCAUCUUUCAUAUUAUCUUUAUAAUCAUGUGGCUAUGUGGCCAGAACAAAGUGACAAAUGGCCUGUAGCUGUGAGAGCAAAUGGACAUCUUCUCCUCAACUCUGAGAAGAUGUCAAAAUCCACAGGCAACUUUCUCACUUUGACCCAAGCUAUUGACAAAUUUUCAGCUGAUGGAAUGCGCUUGGCUCUGGCUGAUGCGGGUGACACUGUGGAAGAUGCUAACUUUGUGGAAGCCAUGGCAGAUGCAGGUAUUCUCCGUCUGUACACCUGGGUGGAGUGGGUGAAAGAGAUGGUUGCCAACUGGGACAGCCUACGAAGUGGUCCAGCCAGCACCUUCAAUGAUAAAGUUUUUGCCAGUGAAAUGAAUGCAGGAAUUAUAAAAACAGAUCAAAACUAUGAAAAGAUGAUGUUUAAAGAAGCUUUGAAAACAGGGUUUUUUGAGUUGCAGGCCGCGAAAGAUAAGUACCGUGAACUGGCCAUUGAAGGGAUGCACAGAGAACUCGUGUUCCGAUUCAUUGAAGUUCAGACACUUCUCUUGGCUCCAUUCUGUCCACAUUUGUGUGAGCACAUCUGGACACUCCUGGGAAAGCCUGACUCCAUUAUGCGCGCUUCGUGGCCUGUCGUGGGUCCUGUGGAUGACGUCUUGAUACGUUCCUCACAGUAUCUCAUGGAGGUCGCGCAUGACCUCAGACUGCGACUGAAGAAUUACAUGAUGCCAGCUAAAGGGAAGAAGACUGACAAGCUACCACCUCAGAAGCCUUCCCAUUGCACCAUCUAUGUGGCGAAGAACUAUCCAUCCUGGCAACACACCACCCUGUCAGUUCUGCGUCAUCACUUUCAGAACAAUAAUGGAAAAUUGCCUGAUAACAAAAUCCUUGCUACUGAACUAGGCAGUUUGCCAGAAUUGAAGAAAUAUAUGAAGAAAGUGAUGCCAUUUGUUGCCAUGAUUAAGGAAAAUCUGGAGAAGGUGGGACCUCGUGUUCUGGAUUUGCAAUUAGAAUUCGAUGAACAGGCAGUGCUCAUGGAGAAUAUAGUCUACCUGACCAAUUCCCUUGAGCUAGAACACAUAGAAGUCAAGUGUGCCUCUGAAGCAGAAGAUAAAGUCAGGGAAGAAUGCUGUCCUGGGAAACCACUUAAUGUUUUCAGAACAGAACCUGGUGUGUCAGUUUUCAUAGUGAAUCCCCAGCCAUCCAAUGGCCACUUCUCAACCAAAAUUGAAAUCAGGCAAGGAGAUACCCGCGAUUCUAUCAUCAGGCGCUUAAUGAAAGUGGACCGAGGAAUCAAAGAUCUUUCCAAAGUGAAGCUGAUGAGAUUUGAUGAUCCACUGUUGGGGCCGAGGCGAGUUCCCGUCCUGGGGAAAGAGCUGACUGGGAAGACGCCCAUUUCUGAGCAUGCUGUCUUCCACGUGGACCUCGUGAGCAAGAACGUCCAUCUUACUGAAAACGGGCUGCGGGCGGAUAUUGGUGACACAAUGGUCUACCUGGUUCACUAAACUCACGCAGAUGGGAGAUUUGCCCUGUUCUCUGGGGCUACUUCUACUUUGUGCUUACAGAGUGGCUGUGAGACCCUUAGGCUGGGCCUAAAUAGAUUUCAUUUCUAACCAUCAAAUUCUGCAUGUAACCAUAAUUAUACCAACUCAUUUUUGAUUCCUGGACCUAAUAAAUGUUUUUUCCUUCUUGGGACCUCUAAGAGAAA